UCCAUUCCAUUCGAUUCGUUAGCUAACGCCUAACGCUUAAUAUAACAGUAGAAUCUCACCAGUCGUGUCUUUAACGCUUACUCUUUCGUAAUUACCAAACUAGCAAAGAUGAAUCCCAGUGUUAUUUGUGGAAUUUUGUCGUUCUUCUGCGUAGUCCAAUUGGGUUACACAAAACAGUGUUAUUCAUGCGCCGGUACCCCCAUCGACAUGCCCCACAUCCCGAAUUUGCCACCCCAAAUUAAGGUCAUGAGCAAGGCUUGUUCUGACCCAAUUAAAAUCAACGAACUGUCCAAUGCCAAAGUAAACUGCGACGAUGGAAUCUCCCAAUGCACGAAAAUGGAGAUGAAAGUGGGCGAUAUUGAGAUUGUGAUGCGUGGAUGUCUUCCUCCUGAAGGAUGUGCUGUCUUCAAGGAUUGCCACACCUGCACUGGAGACCUUUGUAAUUCGUCGGCUGUUAUUCUACCAUCACUCUUGUUUGUUACCUUUGUUAGUUUAUUAGUUGCGAAAGUGAACUGGUAAUUCUUAUUAUUAUUAAGUCUUUAUGUAGGUACUUAAACCUUGCUUUUUUUGUUAAAUGUACAUCACUAGCGUUCAUGAUGUUUUAAUAUAUAAGAAGCAUUAUUCAUAUACCAUUGUGAGAUCUAGUCGCUUACAGUUUUACCAUAUUUUCGGGAGAGCUUUUAUGUAAUUAAGUGAACUUGACGUUGCCAUUUUAAAUGUGCCUUCACAGUGCGGUGUCUUAAACUUUUUUUGUAUAUACAUAAGUAAUAGUUUGUACAGUAAUUUGUAUACACUUUCAUAUUCCAGUAUCUUGUAGUUUCAUAUUUAACUACUACAAAUAAACGGGUGUCUACAUUAGAAACAUUAAAAUCUGUGUAUAAUUUUACGUAAUGGGAUAAAUAAUAAAUGUUUU